AUGGCGCGAGAGUUUGACCACCUUUUCAAACUGCUGAUUAUCGGUGACAGUGGUGUGGGUAAAAGCUGUCUUCUCCUGCGUUUCGCCGACAACACAUUCUCCGGUAGUUACAUUACUACGAUAGGGGUCGAUUUCAAAAUAAGAACUUUAGAAAUAAACGGUGAACGAGUGAAGCUACAGAUAUGGGAUACAGCGGGGCAGGAGAGGUUCAGAACGAUAACCAGUACGUACUACAGAGGUACGCACGGCGUCAUCGUGGUGUACGAUGUCACGAAUGGAGAGUCCUUCGCCAAUGUCAAGAGAUGGCUGCACGAGAUCGAACAGAAUUGUGAUGUUGUUAAUAAAGUCUUAGUUGGUAACAAGAAUGAUUGUCCGUCAAGAAAAGUAGUAGUGACAGAGGAUGCGCAGAGGUUCGCCAAUCAGAUGAACAUACCGCUAUUCGAGACAAGUGCAAAGGAGAACAUUAAUGUAGAGGAAAUGUUUCUCACUAUCACUAAAAUGGUACUAAAAUCGAAGCUCGACAUGAAGGAGAGGCAAAAUGUUACAAAAGACACGGUACAUCUAAAGAAUAAUAUCAAAACCAAAAAGAAAUGUUGCUAG